AUGAAGUCUAUGGCUGGUAAAGAGUUCCAUGACGCCGACUUCCUGCCUUGCUUCUUCCUGGCGUACGUCCUGCCCUACCUCCUGGCGUACCUCCUGGCCUACCUCCUGGCGUACCUCCUGCCCUACCUCCUGCCCUAUCUCCUGGCGUACGUCCUGGCCUACCUCCUGGCGUACGUCCUGGCCUACCUCCUGGCGUACGUCCUGCCCUACCUCCUGGCGUACGUCCUACCCUACCUCCUGGCGUACGUCGGUUCCCACACUGCCCUACCUCCUGGUGUACGUCCUGCCCUAACUCCUGGUGUACGUCCUGCCCUAUCUCCUGGGGUACGUCCUACCCUACCUCCUGGUGUACGUCAGGCCUACCUCCUGGCGUACGUCCUGCCCUACCUCCUGGCGUACGUCCUGCCCUACCUCCUGGCGUACGUCCUGCCCUACCUCCUGGCGUACGCCUACCUCCUGGCGUACGUCCUGCCCUACCUCCUGGCGUACGUCCUGCCCUACCUCCUGGCGUACGUCCUGCCCUACCUCCUGCCCUACCUCCUGGCGUACCUCCUGGGGUACGUCCUGCCCUACCUCCUGGCCUACCUCCUGGCGUACGUCCUGCCCUUCCUCCUGGCGUACGUCCUGCCCUACCUCCUGGCCUACCUCCUGGCCUACCUCCUGCCCUACCUCCUGGCCUACCUGCUGCCCUACCUCCUGCCCUACCUCCUGCCCUACCUCCUGCCCUGCCUCCUGGCCUAA